UCGAGACGGACACUUAUAAUUCUUGUUAAAGCUAGAUCGCGAUUUUUUUUUUCAAAUAAAGUCGGCAUAACGUGCCGUAUGAACAAUUUUUUGUAGAUAAAUUUGUUCUUAAUUAGCACUUUGAGAGACUGGCACCUGAUGGACAGUAAAAAAAUAAUUAAUUAAUUAAUUAAAUAAAAAAAAAUAAAUAAAUAAAAAUUAAUUAAAUAUUUUAUUAAAUAAAAAAAAAUAAAAAAAAAAUAAACCCAUGAAAAAUUUACGAAAAAAAUAAAUUUAAAAAAAUUAGCAGUGCCUUAUUUAUAAAAAAAAUCGUAAAAAAUUACGAAAAAGCAGCAGAUAAAAAGUGUAAAUACAUCAACGCAUAACAAAGUCCAGACAUCUCCAAGGCAGAUAGAUAUUGACAUUGAAAAAACAUUGAAUUCCUAUCGAACACGAUAUCUCGCACAUUUGUUCCUCAUAUUUUGCUUCGAAAUAAAACCAGAUCGAGAGAGUGAUGUGAAAAGUGCCAUAAAAAUAAUUUAUUAUUAUCAAAGAAACUGCAAAGGUCCAAUGUGAUGAUAAGAAAAAUAUCAGAACUGAUAGUGAAGUCACUCUGAGAGAGUGCGAUUACUGAAAACGUUGCCGGUUUUUUAAAUAGAAAAUGAUUCAUUUUUAUUGCCAGAAGCUAAUGAUAAGAAAACGAAAACAUUAUUGGCAACGACUUGAAUCGACGGAGAGUUGCGGAGAAUAAUUUUGUAUAGAAUUUAAACUGAGAUUUAAAUUAAAUAUUUAAUAAUUUUGCGAUGGAUGCUGGACAUUUUUUGAGGAUCUUCGUGAUCACUCUUGGAUUAUUCCAGAACGUAAUAACAAAUGUGGAUGAAGAUGGCGUCGUUAGUCAAGUUCUCAACUGCAGUUUUGUCUUUAACGACGUCUUCUAUAACACUCGAGCUUGUAUCUUUGAAGAUAUUUAUUUGCUCGAAAAUGAGCCCUUUAAGAUCGACACGACCUACGAAGGGAAGUUCAUCCAUCAAGGUCUCUUUAAGACCAUUAAGUUUGUGAAUUCUCACAUUGCUUACGUGCCAAAGCGAUUUUUCCAAGUUUUCUUUAACACGGAGCGUUUCAUCAUGAAUAGCUCCGAAGUGGCGAUCGUUCAUACAGAUGCCUUUGUGCAUGCGGCGAACGUUCGUGAGAUCUAUUUGGAUCACAAUAAAAUCGAGAUUCUCGAGGAUCAGUGUUUUACGCCUGCCCACCAAGCGAGCCUCGUUGACUUGUCGCACAACAAUCUAGUCAUAUUUAAUAAGAAAGCCUUCGAUAGUCAGCGACAACUGCGCCGUCUGUUUCUCUCGUAUAAUCGUAUUCAAAAGUUGGAUAAGGAUGCCUUCCACACGAUACCACAAUUGUCUGUGAUCAAACUAGAUAAUAAUUUAAUAACGAGCAUCGAGAAAGAUUUGUUCGAACGAAACUUGUUCAUCGAGGAAAUCGACUUGAGUCACAAUAAGCUCAUGACGCUCGAAUUGUACUUCAAAGGCGACAGGCUACGUCGCUUAAACGCUCACAACAACAACAUCCAAAAGUUCUUAAUAGCCAGCGAGAGACCCACAUUCGAUGUUAAUGUGAAUCUCUCGAGUAACAGAAUAGUUCAAUUCUGCCUUCCAGAACGCAUAGAAAUCGUUAAACUUUGCGUUGAAAAUAAUCGUUUAGGAAAGAGUUUGAUUGAAAUUUCAAACAUAACUGCAGUAACCAGUCUUCGUGAAUUAUACUUGGGACAUAAUAUGCUGCCUCCGCUAGAGCCCGAAACAUUCUCAUGGCUCAAAAAUUUGAAAUACUUGGGAUUGCCCAACACGGAUCUACACGAGUUACGAAAAGAGGUUAUGGCAUCCCUUGAGAACUUGACUGUCUUUGAUAUUAGUUACAAUCCACUUCGAACAAUUGAUUUGAAUGCCUUAACCCCGCUCCGAAACUUACGUUCCUUGUACAUCAAUGGCGACGAGCUAAAUGGCAUGGAUAUUCGCAAUGUCAAGGAUUACCUUCCGAACAUCUUCGAGAUUGAAGUUUCCGAUACGGAAUGGAGUUGCGCCUAUCUCGAAGAUACCAUUAACGAUAUGCGUAACAAGAGUAUCUUCUUGAAGGCGAAUCAAGACAGAUAUGUCUAUCGCAAACAGAACAUAAAUGGCAUCCCGUGUUAUGGCUUGCACAAUGGCACGUAUGGCAAUAAUUUCAUAGAAGAUGACAAUGUUGGUGUAGAUCGCGAUCCAAUUAGUAAUUUUGAAUGGAAUUGGUUCAUCAUAGGAGGUACAAUCCUAGCAAUUGUAUUGGCCAUUAUUUUAGUUGCGAAAACCGUGGGUUACUUCGUUAGUAAUCGACGCGAAAGGCAAAAUGGUUACCAUCAAAGACCAAAUGCCAGAGACAUUUUUACGGAGAUACAGUACAAUAGUGAUUAUUACGCAACGAUCGUCUUCCAAUGCGACGAGUCGCGGCAAAAUCACGCUUAUAAUGGCACGGAAUGUACUAUUCGCCGCUUUCGACCUCCGUUUAAGGAGAAGUACAACUUUGCUGGUGUCAAUACUUUUGAAAUAUUAGAACUAAGAUUCGUUGAGUCAAAGUUCUCGAAAUUACCGCAAAUGGUCUUCAAGAUGUACGAUCGAAUUGAAUGGUUGGAAGCUGAACGAGUUGAUUUGCGAAGUUUAGAAGCAGGUUGUUUGUAUCAUGCGAGGUAUUUAAAGACUUUUAUAGCGCCUUAUAACAAAAUUGGAUCAUUGGACAAGUUCACAUUUUAUGGCGCGGAACAACUUACCUGGAUUAACAUGUCGCAUAAUGUCAUCGAAAGGAUUCAUCCAGCUGCUUUUCGGAAUCUCACCAAACUAGAAGUUCUUGACUUCAGUAAAAACCGCAUUGGAGCGUUGGAUAAAAUGACUUUCAUUAAUCAGAAAAGACUCAAGUUUGUGUUUCUAGAUGGUAAUCGCCUCGUGACGAUUGACUCAUAUCUGUUUCACUCUUCCGAGACAUUGGAGUCGUUGUUGCUCAAUGACAAUUAUCUCGAUCAGCUGCACCUACACUUGCGAAAUAAUCACGUGACGCAUUUGUACGCGAUGAAUAAUCGCAUUAAAAAGUUUCACCUGGAUGCGGAUAACAAAGACUUUGAAGAUCACAAUUUCUACGUGGAGUUACGGGACAACAAAAUUCACCAAUUUUACGUUAGUCCAAGAUUAACGCCGACCUAUUUGUCACUUGCGAAUAACAACAUGAAAUACAUUGGAAAUGUCACGCAAUUGCGAUCUUUGACGUAUCUUGAUUUGUCGCAUAAUCAACUCGAGUAUUCCAUAACGAAUGUCUUUGAGAAUCUCACGGAACUUCAAGAGCUCUAUUUGAGUAACGUUGGCACAAAUAUCCUUGAGAACGUUCAAUUCAUCCAGCAAUCUCACAUGAAGCAUCUUGAUCUUUCUGGGAACGAUAUCAAUGACAUUGAUAUCGAAACCCUACCUCCAAGCAUCGAGGAACUCGAUUUGAGUCAAAAUAACUUGACCAUCAUUCAUUCCGUUCAUAACAUGACUCUUUCGGAAGCGAUGCCAAAUUUAACGCGACUCGAUUUGUCGGACAAUCCACAACUCGACAUCCAAAAAAUCAAUGAACUAGCAAGUGAUGGCGACGUUGUCGUCAUGAUGGAUGGUAAUGAGGCAAUAGUUGUGACAAGUGACAGAAAUCUCACGUAUUACGUGAACCGCAGACUCAGUGAUCUAUUAAUGGAAAUACACAAGUUGCAGUCGCACGCGAUGUCGGCCAACAUGAGUAAUUAUCGACGCAUCGAAAACAGUGAAAAUCAUCUGAAAGCCCUUAAUUUAUUUUUAAUGUUUUUGCUGAUCGGACUUGUGUGUCUUUUUGUGUUUACGAUCUAUUUAUAUGCGACGCUCAAGUCAAAAGCGCUCUAA